AUUUAAUGACAACACCUCGCUCUAACACCGAAACGACGACGAUUAUGAGCCGUGGGGGCGCAAAAUAACUUCUUAAAUAUAAAUCCACCGUAGCUAUAUACCUCUUAUCUCCAUCUCCAUCUCCAUCAACAUUUCACCUUCUAUCAUUCUUCUCAUCUAUAUAUACUUCGCCUGCUCAGGUUGAACCGUCUUUUCAGCAGAACAGCACCCACAACAGCAAUCACACAAUAUCAACUUAUCAAACAUCCACCAUGGCUGAACAACAUGAAGCUGCCAUUCUCCCUCAGCAGGGCGGUCCUUUGUCUCUCGGAAAGCGUCCCACCCCCGAGCCCGGUCCAAAUGAUGUUCUCAUCGAAGUCAAGGCUGUUGCCUUGAACCCCUGCGAUCAUUUCCAGCGUGACUAUGGUAUGCCUCCCGUACCUAUCUACCCCGCUGUCAUCGGAGCCGAUACUGCUGGUGUUGUCGCCAAGCUGGGCUCGAAUGUCACCACAGUCCCUGGUACAGGAAGCCGAGUCAUUGCCCUUGCCUCAUCAUUCUACCAGAACGGCUCCCCCGACCACGGUUCCUUUCAAAAGUACACUUUAGCACAAUCCGAAGCUGUCAUCCCACUUCCAGACAAUCUCUCCUUUGAAGAAGGCGCGGUCUUCCCCUUGGCCGUCCUGACUGCCUUGACUGCCUGGACCACAAUCUGUAUACCCCUCAAUACCAAGUACACUCCCGCGGACAAACAAGCGGUCCUUAUCUGGGGCGCAUCGAGCAGUGUAGGCACGUUUGCCGUUCAAUCGGCCAAGACACUCGGUUUCACUAUCUACGCCACCGCCAGUCCCAAGCACCAUGACCUCGUCAAGAAGCUCGGAGCCCAUGCGGUUUUCGAUUACAGGGCAAGCGAUGUCGUCUCCCAGAUCGUCACCGCCGUGAAGAAGGAUGGUACCAAGCUGCACACUGCACACUGCGUUGUUGAUGGCGCUCUGCAGCCAACAUUGGACAUACUCAAGGAGACCAAGGGUGAUGCACACGCAAAGGUUGCACACUCGCCCCUUCUCCCAGAAGGUCACCCUACCCUCGACAACACGCAGAUCAUUUUCAACCUCCCAUCUAUGGACGAGACCGCGAGGAACAAGCACAUGAACGAGGUCUUCAAUGGGUGGCUGAAGACCGGUCUGCAGUCCGGUGAAGUAAUCCCCAGCCCCACUAUCCAGAUUGAGGGUGGCGGUCUGGGCGGAGUGAAUGCAGCGCUAGACAAGCUCAAGGGUGGUGUCAGUGGCACUAAGAUUGUUGUGCCAGUCUAAUGAAUUGCCUUUUGCUAAUCCUCACGGUACUCUGGGAUCCCGACCUUCGUAACGAUUUCGGCGUAGGAUGCCUCGUCAUCGAGCGGGAUUAAGUGUGGAAAGUUGAAGUCGACAAUGACGUGCAGUGCUGCGAGAUCGUGCUUGACCUAUUUUUUUCUUCUGAAUUAGCUUCCCAAUACCCCCUCGUUAUAUUGCCUGUCUGGGGCAUACUCCAUCUGAGAACGUAGUAACGACGUCUUCGGGUCCGACUGUUAGAUCUUGGGUUGCAUUCGCGGAUUCAGGAAAGGUUGCUUCAGCCAAAAUCUUGCAUGAUGUGGUUGCCUGAACCUGGACUUGGUUCGCGAGACCUUCGAAAUUAGUCGUCUUCAAUGCUCAAAUAUUCCGAUGGAGGUUUCCAGCCCUCUUGUUUUAUGGACAGUUGGCAGUCCCGAGGCCCAUCAAUGUUUAAUAUCGUGUAUUUUUCACUAUAGAAUAUGACGGUAGUUGAUUCUGGGGAGGAAAAUUCGAAUGACAAAAGAGGCUGCAAAUAUUUUGCCUAUGGCAUCUGAUGCUUCUCUGCUU